CUUCGAAAGGGUGUUUUUUUUUCUUUUUGGGCGGAAGCGUGGCUUGCUGGAAGGAGAGAGGCAGAAGCAGAGUGUUUGUUGGAGAAGCUUCAUCAAACUGAAAAUAGCAAUGGAGUGUCAACGUUGGUUACCACUGGAAGCGAAUCCUGAUGUCAUGAACCAGUUUGUGCAGCAACUAGGAUUACUGCCCACCUGGCAAUUUGGUGACGUCUUCGGAAUGGAUCCGGAACUACUGAGUUUGGUGCCACGACCCGUUUGCUCGAUUCUUUUACUCUUCCCAGUUACAGAAAAGUAUGAAGCGUUCAAGCAAGAGGAGGAAGCAGAAAUAAAAUCUAAAGGGCAGAAGGUUGAUCCACAAGUUUAUUUCAUGAAACAAACCAUCAGUAAUGCCUGCGGAACUGUCGGCCUUAUACACGCACUGGCUAACAAUCGAGAUAAACUGGAAUUUGAACCUAAUUCAGUUAUGAAAAAGUUUUUGGAUGAUUCAUCCCCCUUAAGUCCUGAAGAAAAAGCAAAAUACCUAGAAAAAGAUGAGAGUAUUCGUGUUACACAUGAAUUCAGUGCACAGGAAGGACAAACUGAGGCACCAAGUUUAGAUGAGAAAGUGGAUUUGCAUUUCAUAACCUUUGUAAAUGUUGAUGGAUAUCUGUAUGAAUUGGAUGGACGCAAACCAUUCCCAAUAAAUCAUGGAAGCACUUCGGCUGAUAACUUUCUCGAGGAUGCAAUAGAAGUUUGUAAGAAGUUUAUGCAACGUGACCCCGAUGAAUUACGGUUUACAGUGGUGGCUCUCCAUAAGCCAUAGAGUGCUUCAAAUUGGCAGGAAAUGGAAAAAAAGGAGCUCCAAAACCCAGACUUGAAUUGGCUUCCAGCGAUGUUGCUUUACUCCAGUCCCCGAGCUUGUGAUAGUCUUGAUCUGCUUCGACUCCUGUAAAGACUUGAUUUGAUACCUUUCUGGAAUAUGUCCAAUUGUUCCUCCCUCCAGAUGUCUGAUAGCAAAGUGUACAUUUGUGUGUACUUUUUGUUCUAUCUCCUGUCACAGCAGCCCUCCAUUUCUGAAACUUUCCCCAGUCAACGUCCCCAGUGACUAACACGAUAGAAAUUCAUCUGAGGGGAAGGGGCUGCGAGGUCUUUGGUAUAGUGUUCGCCCCAGCUGUACUUUGAUCAUUGACUAGCUAACAAAUGGACAUUUUGCAAUAGCUGGAAAAUUGUAUGCAAGAGCAGACAAAAAUCUGCUCAUUGCAUUCUAAAUGUGCUCAAUAAAUUAACUAUUGGUA